UACUCUUGAUCGGAAGACAGUGCAGAAUCAACCAGCCCACCGAACUUGCUAGGUUCAUACAGUCAUUCUCAUUAUGCAACUUAAGAUUGCUCGGUGCUCUUGCUUGGUUGUCUUCUUCCUGCUUCAGGCAAGUCAUACAGCCUGCGGUGCGGGUUACAAUCUUACUACAUCAAAGCCGCUCUUUCCGAACCAAACUCUCGUCUCCCCUGGCCAAAUCUUUGAGCUUGGGUUCUUCACGCCGAACGGGUCUGAAAAUCAGUAUGUUGGCAUAUGGUACAAGAACUUCACACCUUCUAAAAUCGUGUGGGUGGCCAAUAGGUAUGUACCGCUUGUGUACACAGAUAGAUCUGCGAAAUUAACGAUAGGAAGUGAUGGGAAUUUGAAGCUCGUGGAUGGACAACAGAGUAUAGUUUGGUCUACGAAUGUCUCUGGUCUGUCCAAUUAUAUGUCAGCGACCCUAUUAGAUAAUGGGAAUUUUGUUCUGCAAGACGCAAAUUAUAGUAAAAUAUGGGGAAGCUUCGAGGAUCCAACAGACACUCUUCUUCCGAGCAUGAAGUCGGAAGUAAAUGUCAGGACUGGAGUGAAACAGUAUUUAAUUUCCUGGAGAAGUGACAGUGAUCCCUCCCCUGGAAGUUUCUUGACUGGAAUGUCGUCAGAGAUGCCGCCUCAGGCUUUCACUUGGAUUGGUUCGACCCCUUACUGGAGAAGCGGGCAAUGGGACAAAUCAAAAUUUAUCGGCAUAGAAGACAUGGACCAAACGUACUUGAGUGGUUACCGUGUCGAGCAAGAUAUUCAGCAGGGUACCACUGACUUUUGGAAAGAUAGUUACAACAGCUCGUCCUUUGCAUACGUGUUCAUUUCGCCUGAAGGAUCUCUUAAGUUGGUGUACUGGGAUGAUGGAGCUAAGGCAUGGUUGAUGGAUUGGACAGUACCAAACAAUACUUGCGAGAUUUAUGGAACUUGUGGUCCUUUUGGAGUUUGUAACUCAUCUAACUCGCCUAUUUGCAAAUGCAUAAAUGGGUUUGUGCCAAAGUCAAAUGAGGAAUGGAAUAGGGGAAACUGGACCGGAGGAUGUGUAAGAGAGACAGAAUUGAAUUGCCACCAAAACACAAGCACAUCGGCUUCAACAAAUGUAAAGAAAGAUGCCUUUGGGUCAAUGAGCCAGAUGAAACUACCCGACUCUGGGGACUAUUUGUCAGGCGUUGGAGAUCAAGAAUGUGUAAGCUGGUGCCAGAGCAAUUGUUCUUGCUUGGCUUAUUCUUAUGUCAGCAACAUCGGGUGUAUGGUUUGGACUAAAGGCCUCAUCGAUCUUCAGGAAUUUACCACCGGCGGGGAAGAUCUAUUUGUUCGAGUUGCAUAUGUAGAAACAGGUGGCUCAUCAGAUUCAUCAAACAAAGCAGGAUCAUCAGAUUCAUCACACAAAGCAGGAUCAUCAGAUUCAUCACACAAAGCAGUUAGCAUCAGCCUGAGUACUAUUGCCGGGAUCAUGUUCUUUGCCGUAUUGAUUUUUGGUCUUUACAAGUGGAGAGCUAGGAAAAGAGGAAACUUGAGCAAAAUUCCAAGGCGCCUUGACUCGGUAAACACACCUGAAAAUCUAGGUGAACUGGUACAAGGAAACGCAUGGAAAGAUAAGUUGAAGAAUGAUGAUUCUCUGGAUUUGACCCUUUUCAGUUUUGAUAGCAUACUACUAGCUACAAACAAGUUCAGCAUGACAAGUAAACUCGGCCAAGGAGGGUUUGGCUCCGUUUACAAGGGAAAGCUGAAUGAUGGGAAAGAGGUAGCUGUGAAAAGACUUUCUAGUAGCUCGGCCCAAGGGGUUGAAGAGUUCAAGAACGAGAUUGUCCUUAUAUCGAAACUCCAACAUCGAAAUCUUGUUAAACUCAUGGGUUACUGCAUUGAAGGAGAAGAAAAGAUUCUGGUGUACGAGUACCUGUCGAACAAAAGCUUGGACACCUUUCUUUUUGAUUCAAGAAAGAAGGCAGAACUCGAUUGGGGAAAACGAUUUCGAAUUAUUCAGGGGAUUGCAAGGGGGCUUCUCUACCUCCAUCGAGAUUCUUGCCUCAGGGUCAUACAUCGAGACUUGAAAGUGAGCAAUAUUCUCUUGGAUGAAAAGAUGAACCCAAAAAUUUCGGAUUUUGGGCUGGCCCGAAUGUUUGAGGGCACUCAAGUUUUGGUGAACACUCACAAAAUUGUGGGAACACUUGGCUAUAUGUCUCCUGAGUAUGCCAUGGGCGGAAUGUUUUCAGAGAAGUCCGAUGUCUAUGGCUUUGGAGUGUUACUACUGGAGAUUGUUAGCGGCAAAAAGAACACGGCCCUAUAUGACCAGGGACAAUAUCUCAAUCUCCUUUCCUUCGCAUGGCAUUUAUGGAGUACGGGGAGAGCAUUGGACCUACUGGAUGAAACAAUUGCCGUUAGCUCUCCGUUGGAGAUAACAAGAUGCAUCCAUAUGGCGCUUCUCUGUGUUCAGGACCACACCAUGGAUAGACCGAACAUGUCCGAUGUGGUUCUGAUGCUAAGCGGUGAAUCAGAUCUUCCUCAGCCUAGACAGCCUACAUUCACUUUCCAAACUGAAAUGCCAAAUGGUGGUAUUCGACCACAGCAAGAAAGCAUCUGGUCUGUCAACAAUGUCACCGACACGACGAUCGAAGGAAGAUGAUGGCUAUAUUUCUUCAUAUUGUUUUCCUUUUUAUGGCAGAUUUGUGUCGUUAUAUUCUACAAUAACAAGUGUUUGAUCGAAUUUGUCUGCUCUGUACAAAAGGUUGAAGGAAAUGCGCCACUUUUACAUGGAAUUUGUCUGCUCUGUACAAAAUUAUGCUGUGAAGUAUGAGCUUGAACAUAUACCUUUUUAACUGAACAUUAUCCACGCUGGAAUUUGUUUUGAUUUACAA